AUGACAUCAAACGCUUCCUCUUCCAAGCCCAAGAUGGGCGUUACAGACGAUCCGCUGGUGUGGAUCGACUGCGAGAUGACGGGCCUCAACCCGGACACGGAGGAGAUUAUUGAGAUCUACUGUCUAGUGACGACGGGCAGCGAGAUGAAGCUCCUGGAUGAGGAGGGCUACCAUGCCAUUGUCCACCUGCCCAAGUCGCGCCUGGACCAGAUGGACGAGUGGUGCACCAAGACUCACGGCGAGUCCGGCCUCACUCAGGCCGUCCUCCAGUCAACCACGACGCCACAGCAGGCCGCCGACGGGCUAUACGACUACAUUACCCGUCUCGUACCCGAGAGAUCUAAGGGUAUCCUUGCUGGCAACAGCAUACACGCCGACCGCACGUUCCUACGCAAGGAUCCCUACGCCAAGGCCCUCAACCACCUCCACUAUCGUCUGCUCGACGUCACAUCCAUCAAGGAGGCGGCCAGGCGCUGGGCCGCCCCUCGCGUGGUCAAGAAGGUGCCCAAUAAGAAGGGAAGGCAUAAGGCCCGUGACGACAUUCUAGAGAGCAUCGAAGAGGCAAGGUACUAUCGCGAUACCAUCUUUUCUCGUACCUUGGAUGGCUGA